AUGGUCUUCCUGCGACAAGUGCGUCGGUCGCCAUGUGCGCACGUACAUGAGCGGAUCGACGUGUGUGUGAUGUGUCUUGGGCCUAAAAAUCUAAAGGGUGUGUCGACCUUGUCACACGUUUCAUCAUCAGCUAUGAUCGUGACUUGGUCCUCGCUGGUGGGAUUCACGCGCCAUUCAUUCAAUGUGACAUGGACCAUGUCUAACCUGUCACUUUCGUUCAGCCUGCUUGCCAAGAGCUUGACGUUUAGCCCAACCGCCGAGCGUGGGCGUGACACACACAUGGCUGAUGGUCAUCUUUGGUCGCCAUAUUGCGGUCUCCAUGUCACCGCCGGAGCAAACAUCCAGUCUUGGUCACCCGGAUGCCACUUGACUAGUUCGUCCAAACGAACUCUGGAGACUAACUCAGAAGACACACUCAUCUGCCUGUGCCGCAACCAAGAUUUUACACAUCGGCAACUUGCAACCCGGCUCAGUUUACCAACGGCGCCAAAAACGGUUAAAGUUUCCCUUUGUGUUCCAAACCUGGCCAUCGCAACUGAGCAUAAGUCAGCCUCUUUUCCAAGCCUCUCAACUCGGAGCCCUCAAGGCACGCCACCAGACCUAUUGGGACCUCAAGUAAAGCGAAUUCAGGCGGGCCGAAAAGACAUCGAAUCAAGACUCGUCUUUUCAGAGCCGGAGGCAAUAGUCAAGGUCUUCCAAAUCUCCUCAAGCAUUGCAACCCCCGUACGCUAG